GCGGCACACUUAAUCGCAGACCGGCAUUUACGAGAGUAAAAAUUCCACGUAAUUCUUUAGCAAGUGCGCGGACUGUUUUUAAUAUGCAGCAAAAAUUUUUACCAUUACUGUUAAUAGCUUUAUUAGUAUAUGCACUAACCGGUGUUCAAGGCAUUGAUGUACCACGGCCUCGCGGCGUUUCUUUAGUCAAGGCUCCGCUCUACCAACCGCAGCCGGAUGGAAAAUGGAGUUGCAUCGAUGGAAGCAGAACAAUACCAUUUACGCAGAUAAAUGACGAUUACUGUGAUUGCGCCGAUGGCAGCGAUGAGCCCGGCACCGCGGCCUGUCCCAAUGGACAAUUCCAUUGCCUCAACACCGGCCAUCAGUCCGUUGACAUUCCCAGCUCUCAGGUGCAGGAUGGAAUCUGCGACUGUUGCGAUGGCAGCGACGAACUGGAGGAGUCGCAAUGUGAAAACACUUGCGUUGCUUUAGGUGCCGCCGCUGCUAUUCAACGUCGGAACGAAGCGGAGCUUCAUAUGAAAGGUGCCGAGAAGCGGCAAGAGAUGAUCAACCGGGGCAAGCAACUGAAAGCGGAUCGAUCAGCACGUCGUUCCGAACUGAAUGCGCGCAUCAAGGAACAAGAAGCACUCAAAACUGAAAAGGAGCAGCUUAAGGCCACUGCCGAAGCCCUAGAACAUGAGGCCGUGGAAGCUUUCAAGGAGCAACAACGUGAACUAGAUGCGGACACUGCGCAAGCAGAGCAGGAGCCACAGCAAAUGCGACAGGAGGCCUCGCUCACUUUUGUGCGUUACGAUACAAACAAGGAUGGCUUCGUGGAGAUCACCGAAUUGAUGGUGGACAUGAAUCUCGAUCGGGAUCGCAAUGGAGUUGUCACUGUGGAGGAGGCCAAAUAUUUCUUGGACGAACGCGACCGCAUGGAUCUUGAUGCAUUCAUCACCCUGGCCUGGCCACGUAUCAAGCCACUGAAAAUGUUAGCUGAUGGACUGUUCCAGCCCCCAGUCUCCACGCCAGCGGAAGAGCGAGCGCCUCAGCAGGACAACUCAAAAGAUGCCCAGCAACUAGAGCCGGAGCCAACGGGAGAACAUGCGGACAUGGACGUGCCCGAUGAGGAAGACGGCGAGGAUGAGGAACAGUACGAUGAUGAGGAGCCCGAUGUGGGAGUUGGCGAAGCUACACCGGAUGUAGAGACAACCACAGCGGCGCCCAUCUACGAUCCUGAAACCCAGCGUCUGAUCGAACAGGCGAACGAGGCGCGCAAUGCGUACGAGGAGGUGGCUCGACAUAUACGUGAGAUCGAGCAUGAAAUCAAGGAACUGGAUGAACAGGAGGGCAAAGACUACGGACCCAAUGAGGAGUGGUCGGUGCUGGAUGGCGAGUGCUACACCUUUGAGGAUCGUGAAUAUGUUUACACACUGUGCCCCUUCGAUCGGGUGUCGCAGAAGCCGCGUAAUGGCGGUGCGGAAACCACUUUGGGUCGAUGGGAUCAAUGGGUAGGCGAGGGCGCCAAUAAAUAUACAAAACAAAGGUAUGCACAAGGCGCCGCCUGCUGGAACGGACCGCAGCGCUCGGCGAUUAUCAAUAUCAAGUGUGCAUUGGAACCGCGCAUCACGUCGGUUAGCGAGCCGAAUCGUUGCGAAUACUAUUAUGAAUUUGAGACGCCCGCCGCUUGCGAUAGUGAUGCCUACACAGCCUCUGCACAGAGCCAGCACGACGAGCUUUAAG